AUGCCUUCAUCUACCACCAAUAUCAACCUUGAGAUAUUUGACCACCCGACGAUAGGCCGCAUCCAAGGAGUGAAGAGCUCGCCAAACGUGGUUGAGUACUUGGGAAUUCAGUAUGCCACGUUGUCAAAUGCUUUUGCACGUGGAAGCAUUGGGCAUUAUGCUGGGAGUGGAAGUACGAUCGUUGCGAUAACCCAUGGGCCAACGGUCAUCAACCCGGCGAAUAUCUGUGAACGAGAGCAAGAAUUGAUCCAAGCACGCUUGCAUUGCACCCAGUCCAAGCAGUCCGCCACAGAAAGCCUCACGCUCAAUAUUAGCGUUCCUACCAACGUCCCAGCGGAUAGCGGUCUACCCGUGUUGGUCUUCGUCCAUGGCGGUGGAUUUGCGAGUGGCAGUGCCAACCACCCUCAGUACAACUUGACAAGAAUUGUAGAGAUAAGUGCGAAGGAUGGUAUUCCCAUCAUCGCGGUUGGUUUGAACUAUCGCGUCGGGAUUGCAGGCUUUCUCAUCUCCAAAGAAAUGAAAGAACUGGGAUACAAAGCAAACAAUGGUCUUGACGACCAACGUCUUGGUCUGCGUUGGAUCAAGCACCACAUCCGCGGCUUUGGUGGAGAUCCCGAAAGAAUAACUUUUCUUGGCCAAAGUGCAGGUUCAGUCGCCGGAAACAUUCAUUUGCAGUCGAACGAGCCCCUGUUUGAGCAGUAUAUUUCCAUGUCUGGCACGGCGUUCUCCCGGCCACGACGCCCAGAGGUGGGUCAAAAGGCCUACGACAGCCUAGUCAAAGGGCUGGGAGUUGCCGAAGCAUCACCAUAUGAGCAGGCACGAAAAUUGUUAAGUGAAGUGGAGAACAUGGGAGAUCAGGCUCGCAGGUAUAACCUGGGUCCUACGGUCGAUGGCGAUAUCGUACCAGAAGCACUAGUAUUUCGGAAUCAGGUCGAGCCAGAAUCAGCUCUGAAGACUUUUCCCGGGCUUCGUCACUGCAGAAGAAUAUUGGUGGGCGACUGCCAAUUUGAUGGAACGGCUUUCGAGUCUCGUCUGCCUAGCCAGACCGACACCCUACCUCAAGCACUCAUAGCGAGUCUCAAGGAAUCACUUGAUUCCACAGAUGCGAGGUUUGUCCCAGCCAUCCUGUCGAGGUAUGGUCUAGGACAGUCAGCAAGUCCCAAUUCCACGGAAACAACAAGACGGGCAAUUCUGGAUCUGGGAAAUGACAUCCACUUUGCACUUCCUGCCUUAGCACUGGCAAAGAUCUGGUCGAAGACAACUGUGCCCAGCGCCAAAGCGUUUUUGUAUCACUUCAACUGCCCAAACCCUUGGGACGGUCCAUGGAAAGGCGAGGCCAACCACAUUCUCGACAUUGCUUUUGCUUUGCAAAACUACAACGAGCAGCUGUCCGUUGGCCAGCGACAAUGUGCAGGAAGAUUUGGUAAAGAUUUCAUUCGUUUCGUGAACGGCGAGGAUGUAUGGGGAGAGUACCGGGCCGGCGAACGUCCUACCUCGAUGAUCUACUCGGCACAAAUCGAUGGUGAGAAGGACGACUCUCACCUUGUCCAUGAUGAGAGUUCUGCGAGUACUGGUCGGCGUACAUUCAUUCAGGAGCUUGGCGCGGAGCACAUCCAUGAUAAGGUCUUGCAUUCGUGGCAAGUAUUCAUGAGUGCGACCAGAAAAUGA